AUGGAGACGGACAAUGGGAAGGGGUUGAUACUAGCUGUGGCGUCCAGUGUUUUCAUUGGUUCUAGCUUCAUCUUGAAGAAGAAAGGUCUCAAGCGAGCUGGUGCUAAUGGAAUCCGAGCAGGGUAUGGAGGCUAUACAUACUUAUUAGAGCCUCUUUGGUGGGCGGGCAUGGUGACAAUGAUUGUUGGAGAAGCUGCAAACUUUGUGGCUUACAUUUAUGCACCGGCUGUACUCGUGACUCCUCUUGGUGCAUUAAGCAUAAUCAUCAGUGCUGUUUUGGCACAUUUUCUGUUAAAAGAAAAACUUAAGAAAAUGGGGGUUCUGGGAUGUGUGUCUUGCAUAGUGGGGUCUGUUGUGAUUGUCAUACACGCACCUAAGGAGCAGACUCCAAAUUCCGUCGAAGAAAUAUGGAAUUUGGCAAUUCAGCCAGCUUUUCUAGUUUACGUAGCCAUAACCAUGUCAAUUGUUCUUGCUUUAAUUCUGCACUUUGAACCUUUGUGCGGCCAAACAAACAUUCUGGUUUACAUCGGAAUUUGUUCGCUAAUGGGUGCGCUCACAGUUAUGAGCAUAAAGGCUAUUGGAAUUGCAAUAAAAUUAACAAUGGAGGGAGUCAGCCAGAUCGGGUAUCCACAGACAUGGCUUUUUGUCAUGGUUGCAGCAACUUGUGUUGUUACACAAUUGAUUUAUCUGAACAAGGCGUUGGACACAUUCAACGCAGCAAUUGUUUCUCCAGUGUACUAUGUAAUGUUCACAACCCUCACAAUUGUUGCUAGUGCAAUAAUGUUCAAGGACUGGUCUGGGCAAGACGCAGCCAGCAUAGCCUCGGAGAUAUGUGGAUUCAUCACUGUGCUCACUGGCACAAUGAUACUCCAUGGCACUAGGGAAGAAGAACAACAAGCUUCUUCAGAAUCAGUAAGAUGGUACGAGUCAAGAAAGAGCAUGACCGAAGAACAUCUGAUAACCCUGUACAGUCCUGAAUACUAG